GAGAAAGGCAUAAACAAAGGGAGAAGGCAGCUGGGUUUCUCGAUAGAAAAAGAGGGGCUUGGUGCGGCCGCGCGCGGCAGCAGCAGCAGCAACGGUGCGAUUUUCACCGCACCACGCCGCGCCGCGCCGAGACGGAAACAGCCGGCAAAAACUACACGCUUCGUGAACCCCGGGGCGCGCCCAAGCCCCAACUUGUGUCUUUCUUUAGGCUUUUUUAGUACAGUAGCCACUUCACAUCUCUCUCACGCCUAUAAUACUACGCGGUGGUGCGCCUCUUGUCUCUCUGUGCUGCUCUCACUAUCGAUCGACCUCUGCUGCUGCCUCGCUGUCCUCUGCUACGUGAGCUCGGCCGGCUCGGGUGUCGAGGACGAUCGAGGAUGGGGUCGCUGGGGCGGCGGCCGUGGGUUGGUGGGUUGACGGCGGCGAUGAUUUUUGCUGUUGCUGUGUGCGGUUUCUGCUUCAGUGGGGCGUCGGCGGCGGCGGCAGCGCCGACGUUCGGCGACAACUUCGAGAUCACCGGAGCCGAGGAUCACGUCAAGACCUCCGCCGACGGCCAGACGUGGUACCUCUACCUCGACAACAAGACUGGCGUCGGGUUCCAGACGAAGGAGAGGUAUCUCUUCGGGUGGUUCAGCAUGAACCUCAAGCUCGCCGGCAACGACUCCGCCGGCGUCGUCACCGCCUACUACAUGUGCUCCGACGUGGACGCGGCGCCGCAGCGCGACGAGCUGGACUUCGAGUUCCUGGGGAACCGGACGGGUGAGCCCUACAUCAUCCAGACCAACGUGUACCGCAGCGGCGUCGGCGGCCGGGAGAUGCGCCACUCGCUGUGGUUCGACCCCACCGCCGACUUCCACUCCUACUCCAUCCUCUGGAACCCCAAGCAGAUCGUGUUCUUCGUGGACAAGGUGCCGAUCCGCGAGUACCGGAACUCGGACAAGCCCAACACCUUCUUCCCGAUCAUGAAGCCGAUGUACGUGUUCUCCAGCAUCUGGAACGCCGACGACUGGGCGACGCGCGGCGGGCUGGAGAAGACGGACUGGACCAAGGCGCCGUUCAUCUCCUCCUACCGCGACUUCACCGCCGACGCGUGCUCCUGGGGCACGGCGGCGGCGAGCCCGCCCAGCUGCGCGGCGUCCACCGGCAACAGCUGGUGGGACCAGCCGCCGGCGUGGGCGCUCGACGCCGGCCAGCGCGAGGACUCCGCCUGGGUGGCGAGGAACCUCGUCAUCUACGACUACUGCGACGACCGCAAGCGGUUCCCCUCCCCGCCGGAGGAAUGCUUGCUCCGGACGACCAGCUCGUGAGGCCAUCGCCGGCGCCGCCGCCGACGUACAUGGCCGUACGAUGUGCGGCCAGGAUCGGAUCGUCCUUCGAUCGUGCGGCUCAGAUUCACUGUAACUACUACAGUACUACUAUUUUUGGAUUGGGCCACGUAGAGUGGCUGUCACGUUGGAAACCAUAUUCUUUUUGGAUGAUGAAAUGGAUAAAAUUAUUAUUUUUCCUUUG